CACACACCCGGCAUGAUAUGAUUGGUAGUAUGGACUGCAGGCGUGAUAUGUUAUUGGUUGUAAGCUUUCGUCCUAUUAGGGCGAGACUGUUGUUAUAGCCGCAAUAGACCGGAAAACUUCACAACCUUAAACCGUGGUCAUGAAAGGUGGGGCACACAACCAAAUGAUGAUAGAGGCGUUAUCGGAGCAAUUUUUUGAAAAUAGCAGCUGGAAGUAUUGUGCUAUUGCGUGUGGACUUCAUUGACGUGACUCGGACAACUGAAAGUCAUGGGAUGGUCAUAUUCUCUUCUACCUGCGCUGGCACUGAUGCUGCUUGCCUAUGUGAUGACGGUCCACACGGCAUCCUGCCAAACAUGCCGAAAACUCACUCAAAGUUUCGUUAAGGGUAUUGAGCGAACAGCUAACAAGAACUUUGGGGGUGGGAACACAGCCUGGGAGGAGGAGAAACUGGCCAAAUAUACUCGCAGUGAAACCCGUCUGUUAGAGAUCGUGGAGACGGCUUGUGAGACGUCUGACUUUGAGUGCAACAAACUAUUGGAGCAAAUAGAAGACCAGGUGGAGACAUGGUGGUUCCACAGGCAGCUGGAGGCUCCAGAUCUUUUUGAGUGGUUAUGCAUCCAGGAGCUUAGACUGUGCUGUCCUCCAGGACACUUUGGGCCUGACUGUGCACAGUGUCCCUCAGGACCUCAUGGUGCAUGUGGGGGUCUGGGACGCUGUGAAGGUGAUGGAACUCGCCUGGGGGAUGGAGGGUGUGUUUGUGACCCAGGGUACUCAGGACACCUCUGCCAAGAAUGUGCUGACGGCUACUACAGAGAGAAGAGCUCAAAUGGAACACAGCCCCCCUGCUCAGCAUGCUACCACCCAUGUCGAAAGUGUACAGGGCCACAGGACUACAGCUGUCUUGACUGCAAGUCAGGAUGGAUACUCCAUGAAAACAAAUGUAUAGAUGUGGAUGAGUGUGGCACAGAGUUAGCUCGCUGUCCAUCUAAUACGUACUGCUUCAACACGGAUGGAUCGUAUGAGUGCAGAGGUUGUGAUCAGUCCUGUGUGGGCUGCAUGGGCAGUGGCCCAGCGAGAUGCAAGAAGUGUGCCAGAGGUUAUAGACUUAUUGGGGCCAAGUGCCUUGAUGUGGAUGAGUGCAGUGAGCGUGCCUUAGUAUGCCCAGGUCUUAAUGAGGCCUGCAUAAAUGAGGAGGGUUCAUUUCGCUGUGAGUGCGCUGAAGGAUUCAUCAGAAGAGACAGUAUAUGUGUGGAGAAUCUACCACCCGUUGGACCAGAGAAGGGAUUAUUUGAUGACAUGACCGAUGACGAGGUCCUGGUCUUGCAGCAGAUGUUCUUUGGUGUGGUCAUCUGUGCCCUGGCCACUCUGGCUGCUAAGGGUGACAUGGUCUUCACUGCUAUCUUCAUUGGUGGUAUUGCAGCCAUGGCUGGUUACUGGCUAUCAGAGAAGGGGGAUCGCAUGUUGGAUGGGAUACUUAAAGGCCGUUAGUCCUUCUUAUUUAAAAAAUACCAUGAAAGCAAAGUUGUAAAAGCUUUAGUUGGAAAAUAAAUGAAGUUGAACAUGAAGUUUGAACACUUGAAUUGUUGUGGUUGCAUGAAGGCAAGUCAACUGUGUGUCUGUAUUUUUACUGGUUUGAAAAACAUUGUUGAGGUAGCCACCGUAAUGGUGAAAAUCCAAGAGAAAGUAUCUGUGCAAAUCCAUUAGUCCAUCCUAAUUCAUUUAAAACAGUGCUGUAGUUUUCCUGUUAUUGCGAGAGAUACAGACGAGGAGGUUUGUAUGUGAAGGGCACUGAGAUGUCAGACUGACUGGGAAACUAACUAACUUCUUUUCAAGAAUGUAUUGCCGGAAGAUGUAUCCUAGAACACUUAUAUUUCCAUGUUAAGUACAAAGUUGGCUUGGGUACUAAACCAUUAAGUAUGGACUGUCCAUUCACAGAGGGGCAAUUAUGUCAUUUGGUGGCUUGACUCACACUUCAGGAUUCAUUAAACCAAUUUUAGCAGUGGGUAAGUUUCCUAGAGGGAACAAUUGAUGUUUGUUUUUUUUUUUAAAGUUAAUUCCAGUCUGCAUCACCACAUUAUCCAUCAUAAUAGACUUGAUAAACAGAAAACUAUGUUUAAGAAAUGUCUUUUUUUCUGACACUCAAAAUAGUUUGUCAGAACAUUUUUUCUCGUUUUCAUUGUGUAAUUUCAAACUUUAUCAGAAGGGCUUAACCACUGAUCUGUGUCCAUUGAACUAUCAAUAUCAAUAUCAGCACAAAGCAUUAGGGCAGCAACCAAAAAUAUUUUAUUUGACAGUCCUGUUAUUCAUAAAACAGUUCAUACAUAGACAUAACUUUUCAAGUGCAUAACAAAUGAUUGGGUUUCAUUUUGAAAGAUUUCUAUUGUCUUUAAGGGCUCUUUACAGUAAACCCAUUGGGGUACAUUAUGGUAGACCCCCUUAAAGGUGGAGUCCACAAUUCUGGUCAAAUUCAGCAAAUUUCUCCUCACAUUUUAUUUGAAGGUCAUUUCCUGUCAAAUCACCUGAAGGUCCCCACCUUGCCCUAUAACUGUUAUGUCAUGCAUACCCCAAUUUAACAUUUCCAGAAAUAAUGAUAACUGCAAUCUGUUUUUUUAACCAUCUUCCACUGACAGAUAGUGAUAUGCAUUCUGUUCCUGUGCCUAUGUUUUUCAUCCAGCAAAAGGCUUCACAGUAUGUUGAGAUUUGCAGCUGUGGAGAAGUACUAAAAUGAUAUAAGCAAUAAAAUUCCACAAAUUUA